GGCUGAGGCGGCCGGUGCGCGCCAUGCAGCUCCCUCCCGCGCUCUUCAUUCGGCUGGCUGAGGGACCCGGGGCGGCAGAGCCGCUGCCCGUGGAGCGGGACCCCACAGCCGGGGCCACGCCAUUCUGCUUCGCGGCCCGCCGAGUGCGCUUCCCGCGGGAGCACGAAUUCUUCGAGGAUGGAGACGUGCAGCGACACCUGUACCUUCAGGACCUGCUCACGCAGGUUACCGAAGUGCCAGAGAGUCCGAGCGUGCCUGAGUUUCCCUGCCAAGUAGCGGGCUGCUGCCAACUGUUCACUACACUGCAGGCAUAUGAGCAACACUACCAUGCCCUGCACCGGAAUGUCUGCUCCUUCUGCAAGCGGGUUUUCCCCUCGGGACACCUGCUGGACGUCCACAUCCUAGAGUGGCAUGAUGCACUUUUUCGGGUCCUGUCUGAGAGGCAGCCCAUGUAUCAGUGCUUGGUGGAAGGCUGUGCGGAGAAGUUCAGGAGCAGCCGAGACAGGAAGGAUCACCUGGUGACAAGUCACCUCUACCCUGCAGAUUUCCGCUUUGAUAGACCCCCGAGAAGCCAAGGAUGUGCGAGGUGCGGGCAGAGCCUCCUGAAUAUUCUCUGCAGGGGCCUAGGAGACCCUACCCCCCACAUCAUCAUGCCUGGCUCCUAACACAUGGGAGUCACCGACCAGAGCGCUCUUGUGGCUCCUCUCCUGGGGCAGCCCCAUCUCAGGUAUCACUGCCUAGGGGCCUGUGUGUUUGAUUCAUCCUGGGCACAGAGCUCUUCCUGUGUGUGGGGGCCUGGUAGGUUCACAAACCUGACAGAAACAACUCUUUUGGGGUGCACAUACUAUGGGGUAUCCUUAGGAGAGUGUAUGGGGGUCUGCAGCAGUGCAGGCUGGCUGCAUCUGUGCUGAGUCUCUGAGAGCUCAUUGUGAUGAGUAGAUUCUUCAAAGGCCUCAGUAAAACAAUUUUCUCUCUGCUGUCACUGGG